AUGGCCAUCCCCACUAUGGAUACAACCACGGCUAUCGCUACCCUUACAGUAGCAAUCGCUACAACCACUACUAUGGUUAUCCACAUUAAUACUACAGUCACAACAAGAGAUCAGUCGAAUCUGAACCCGAGCCUGAACCUCAUUACAGCUGUCACGAACGCCCUCACUAUUACAAUAGAUAUUAUCACGUUUACCCCAACUACUAUCCUUACUACGCCGGUUACCGUUACCACUACAGAGGAUAAGGACGAGCUCAGAUAUGGACUUAGUUCUUUACUUCACACACUUCCUUUGAAUAAUACAAAAAUCAACGAAUUAAUUAUACAAAGACUGAGGAAGUACAUCCAUGCGAUCUGGUGCUUUCGGGUGCAUGAACAUUUCCUCGUCGAAGGCCACUCCCCCGCACAACAGCUGUAUAUAAAGGGGCUUCCAUUAACGGCAGUCAGCAGACACAACUUCCUCAGUGAGCCAAGAAGAGGUCCAACCAUGAAGCUUGUGGCAAUCACGCUGGUGUGUUUGGCAACGGCCGUGGUAACGCACGCCGAUCCCGAACCACACAAGUAUCACCACUACCCAUACUACUACUACUAUUCUCACCGACACAAUGUCAAGUCACUGGAAGGCGAUGGAGUUGCCAGGCAUCCAGGUGGCGGCACCUCCUUCGUGGCUCCUCAAGUUCACGGCCUCACUAAACGCUCAGCUGACCCUAUGCCGGAAUCUAACCCUGAACCAGCAGCUGACCCUGAUUCCGCCAAUACUUAUAGUUACCAAGUAGUUCACCAUGGCCAUCCCCACUAUGGAUACUACAAUGGCUAUCGCUACCCUUACAACAGCUAUCGCUACAACCACUACUAUGGUUAUCCUCACAGAUACCACAGCCACCACAAGAGAUCAGUCGAAUCUGAACCCGAACCUGAACCUCAUUACACCUAUCACGGACGUCCUCACUACUAUAACAGAUAUUAUCACGGUUACCCCAAUUACUAUCCUUACUACGCCGGUUACCGUUACCACUACAGAGGAUAAGGACGAGCUCAGAUAUGGACUGCGACAGCUUUGUGGCGAUGGUCCUUUACCAGAUGUCUGAUAGUCCGGUUUGCUCACGCCGGUUUUUCAGGCACUGGUAGUCAUACAACUGAAGAAGUGUCUCUGAAUGUCGGAAUAGCUGUGCAUUGUGUAAAAAAUAAAA